AUGACAUGCAAAUCAAUAUCUCUCCCUCUCCCUCUUCACAGCCACUUCCGCUACCAUGAGGCCGAUGGGCCCCGAGAAGUUUGCAGCCAGCUCCACGGACUUUGCAAUCACUGGUUGAAGCCAGAGAGGCACACCAAGAAGCAGAUCCUGGACCUGGUGAUCCUGGAGCAAUUCCUAGCCAUCCUGCCCCAAGAAAUGCAGCACUGGAUUUGGGGACCAUCCGUGAAGAUAGAAGCAAACUUCUGUGAGUCAGAAAUAGCUCUGUCGGAGGAGUGGCAGAGGGCGCAGGCUCAGGAGCAUGCCCAAGAUGCCCUCUCUGGUGUCGAUGAAGAGAUGGUGUUGAUCCAUCGUCUUUGCAAAGAAGUGGAAAUGGCUGCUGCACCUCCAGUCCAGAUACAUCAAAGAAUCCAUACAGGAGAGAAACCUUAUAAAUGCCUUGAGUGUGGAAAAGGCUUUAGAAGGAGUGAUCAGCUUAAUUUACAUCAAAGAACCCACACAGGGGAGAAACCUUAUAAAUGCUUGGGAUGUGGAAAGGGCUUCCAGGAUAGUGACAAACUUAAUAGGCAUCAAAGAAUUCACACAGGAGAAAAACCUUAUAAAUGCCUGGAUUGUGGAAAGAGCUUUAGUAGGAAUGAACAGCUUAAUUUACAUCAAAGAAUCCACACAGGGGAGAAACCUUAUGAAUGCUUGGAGUGUGGAAAGGGGUUCCGUGAUGGUGGCAGCCUUAGUAAGCAUCAAAGAACCCACACAGGGGAGAAACCUUAUAAAUGCUUGGAGUGUGGAAAGGGGUUCCGUGAUGGUAGCAGCCUUAGUAAGCAUCAAAGAAUUCACUCAGGUGAGAAACCUUAUAAGUGCAUGCAGUGUGGUAAAGGUUUCCGUGAUGGUGACAAACUUGUUAUGCACCAAAGAAUUCACACUGGAGAGAAACCUUAUAAAUGCACGGAAUGUGGAAAGGGAUUCCGUGAUGGUGGUGGCCUUACUAAGCAUAAAAAAAUUCACACAGGAGAGAAACCUUACAAAUGCUUUGAGUGUGGAAAAGGGUUUUAUGAUACCGAGAAACUUACUAAGCAUUUAAGAAUUCACACAGAAGAGAGACCUUAUGACUGUUCGGUGUGUGGAAAGAGCUUUUUUCGAAUUGACCACCUUACAAAUCAUCAAAAAAUUCAUACAGGAGAGAAACCUUAUAAAUGCUUGGAGUGUGGAAGAGCCUUCAGUAACAGCGGCAGCCUUUCAAAGCAUCAAAGAAUCCACACAGGUGAGAAACCUUACAAAUGCCUGCAGUGUGGAAAGGGCUUCAAUGAUAGUGGCAAUCUUACUAAACAUCAGAGAACCCACACACGAGAGAUACCCAACAUACUACGAACAUGGGAACACCUUCAGCUGGAUCUCAAACCGUACUUUACAACAUAG